CCUUUGUUCCAAUUCCUUGCAUGUUCUUCUUAUUCUUGGCAUAAAUUUAUCUUUCUCCAUCGAUUUUCUGUAUAUCGUCAAGUUUGAGUUUCUUCGUCGAAAUGGUUUCAGGAAAGGACUCUGUUUGAUGGUUGCUAUCUUUCAAGAAGAGCAAUGAGUCAUUCUGCAGCAAGCUCAGGUAAAAGGAGAAUAAGAGAUCUCUUAACUCAAUCUGAUAACCGAGUCUGCGCUGAUUGUGGCGCUCCAGAUCCUAAGUGGGCGUCAGCCAAUAUCGGAGUGUUCAUAUGCUUAAAAUGUUGCGGUGUGCACAGAAGCCUUGGCACUCAUGUUUCAAAGGUCUUAUCUGUAACAUUAGAUGAAUGGUCGGAUGAGGAAGUUGAUUCAAUGAUCGAAAUUGGAGGAAACGCCUCUGCUAAUUCGAUCUACGAGGCGUUUAUACCUGAUGGUUCCUCUAAGCCUGGACCUGAUGCUAGUCAUGACCACCGUAUGAGGUUUAUCAGGUCAAAAUAUGAGUUCCAAGAGUUUCUGAAACCAAGCUUGCGUAUCACAUCUGGGAAGACCUCUAGUACAAAGAGCUCAUCAUAUCGUUCAUCAAGUCUUUCUUCAAAUAUCAUCGAUAGCUUUCGCACAACUUCAUCAUCCCAAAAGCCGCAACUUGAAGGCAUGGUUGAGUUUAUUGGAUUGUUGAAGGUGACUCUUAAAAAGGGUACCAACUUAGCUAUCCGAGACAUGAUGACAAGUGAUCCCUAUGUUGUGUUGACUCUAGGACAACAGACUGCACAAUCAACUGUAAUGAAAAGCAACUUAAACCCGGUUUGGAAUGAGGAACUCAUGCUCUCUGUUCCUCAUGACUAUGGCUCAAUGAAGCUGCAAGUGUUUGAUUAUGAUACAUUUUCUGCUGAUGACAUAAUGGGAGAAGCUGAGAUUGAUAUCCAACCUCUGAUCACAUCUGCAAUGGCUUUUGGAGACCCUGAGAUGUUUGGAGAUAUGCAGAUUGGGAAAUGGCUGAAAUCGAACGACAAUGCCCUUAUAGAGGAUAGCAUCAUCAACAUUGCAGAUGGGAAAGUGAAACAAGAGGUUCAGAUCAAGCUUCAGAACGUUGAAUCUGGUGAGUUAGAACUAGAACUUGAGUGGCUGCCUCUUGACCAAUGAUAAAAUAAACAGUUUAUUAUAGGCUCAUUAAAUCUAUGUAUGGAGAAAGAAAAUCUUAUUAUUGUAUUCUGUAUUCAUUCUAAUUAUGGAAACUUCAGUCUUGGAAACC